AUGUACGACCUUGUCGUAGUUGGUCAUGGCAUUGCCGGCCUCGCCGCUGCAGUAUCAGCUGUAGAAUUCUUGCCCUCGGCGCAGAUAGCCGUGCUAGAGCAUGCACCAGAGCAUGCGAGCGGUGGAAACUCACGCUGGAGCCCUGCCAACAUGCGAAUGCCAUCUGUCAAUGAGGUAUUGCCAGGCUUCGUGGACGACAUGUUGGCUGCAAGCGGAAGUGGUGGCGACCGCGCGUAUUUCGAAAGGCUGGCUAGCCAGGCCCCUGAAGCCCUCCAAUGGCUCGAAAAGCAGGGGGUGCAGUUUCACGCCAUGGACUAUUUCUUGAAAUCUUGGCCUAACAGGAUCCAGCCUAUUGGCAAAGGUGCUGCCAUUUUCGAAGCCCUCAAGCAAUCAGCCAAAUCGAAGGGUGUCCAACUGGUGUAUAAUUGCCGUGCCCAGCGACUUCAUCUCGGCCGAGGACAGGCCAUGAUUGAGGCAGCUGAUGGGCGACAAAUCAUUGCCCGGUCUGUUGUGCUUGCCAGUGGUGGGUUUCAAGGUAGUCCAGACAUGCUGCGUACUCAUCUUGGUCCUGGUGCGGAGACGUUGAGACCGAUAUCACCUGGGACGGCCUGGAACGCCGGCGACGGCAUCCAGAUGGCGCUGGCUAACGGAGCCAAGGCCUCUGGCGAUUGGAACGGCAUGCACAGCGAAGUAAUCGACCCACGGAGCAGUCAGCCAGCACCACUGGUCCUCAGUUACCCGUACGGAGUUGUGGUGAAUCAGGACGGAAAGCGGUUCGUAGAUGAAGGUGCUGGACUCGUGCAUGACACGUGGGAGCACCUUUCCAGAACCAUACAUUUUGACACACCAGGCCACUUAGCCUGGGCAAUUUGUGAUUCCAGAUUCUUUCAAUUGGAGGACCAUGAGGCAGCUAUCCGCUCCGAUAUGCCGCCGGUGACAGCGGACACGAUUUCUGGUCUGGCGGCACAGAUGGGGAUGCCGGAACAAGCGCUUCUGAACACAAUCUCAAACUACAAUGCAGCCUGUAACGCAAACAUGUCUGGCUUUACGGCGGGCCGGCUUGAUAAUCUCGCCACUACCUCAGACUUGCAACCAUCGAAAUCGAACUGGGCUAGGCCGCUCGACGCUCCGCCGUAUACCGCAUUCCCCUUAGCAGCGGCCAUUGUCUACACUUUCGGUGGCAUUGCGACUGAUGUGGAAGCGCGCGUUCUUGGCCAGAGAGGCAUCAUUCCUAAUCUAUAUGCUGCAGGCGAGAUUACUGGCCAUUUCUACGAGAAGGCUCCGAAUGCAGUGGCCGUUAUGCGGGCACUCGUCUUUGGACGUAUUGCUGGCCUCCAUGCCAUAAGCUCCCAUUAG